ACAACGAUUCUAUCUUAAAGUGUUGCUAUUAUCCGUUUUUUUGUUUUUUUCUUUGGCUCUCUCUCAUUCUCUCCCCUAUUUUUAAUCUCUCCCUCAUGCGCGCGUUAUUUCUCUUCGAAUCUCCCUUUGUGCCCUAGGGGGAGACAUAAGCGCUGUGUAAUAGUGUUAGAAGACGAUACGACACGAGGCUAGACGAGACGAGACGAGACGAGACGAGACAAGACGACACAAGACAAGAUAAGACGAAAUAAUUAUUGUUAGAUUAGGAUAAAAUCCUCGAGAUCUUUUAUUUUGAAAAGCUCACGCACUUUUCCAUGUCAACGACACGCGCGCUUCUACCAAAGCCAGCGUGCUACCCUCCGCGCACAGGAGUCUCCUCCAUCGUCCCCUCCGUCGGCCCCUCCGUCGGCGUCGCCGAGCAAGCACUCCACGUCGGCGGCUCGGUCGCCACCGCCGCCGUCGUCGUCGGCUCGCCGUCGUGCGCGUCGCGCCGGUGGGAGGCUUCUACAUUAAUUUCCUCUCGAUCGACAUUAUCAGAUUCUCUCGUAAAGAGAAGAAAGAAGAGAAGGGAUAACACCAAAGAUAGAUUGUUUUACGAGCCAAGGAUAACUCCUGUCAAAGACAACCCCGGCGACGUCCUCGUACAACAACUGAGGGAGUUAUUCGACAAGAGGAGACAGGGGGGACAAGAAGGAGACAGGGGGGGCAAGAAGGACGACGACGUCGAGGAGGCACACCAACCUCGCUCAAGCUGCAGGCUUGAGAUGAGCGACCAUGGCUGCAUACACUUGAAUAAUUUCAAAGCAGCGAAGGGCAUCCAGCCAUACAAAGUGAUACACUCCUAUUUCGUGACCAGCUUAUCUACCGAGGCACGCGUAAGGAAGGCUGUAAGCUGCUUAUGUCAUACGUGUAAUACUUACAAAGAUCGUCUCCAUUCUUGUCUCCAUUGUAUAUUUUUUGGUUGCUAUGUGAAAGGUCACAUACAGGAGCAUGCAAAAACGAAGAAACAUUUUUUAGCUGUGGAUUUAAGUUAUGGUAAUAUUUUGUGCUUCCAAUGCGGCGAUUACGUUUAUGAUAGAGAAUUGUUAUCUGUUGCUAAAGCGCAAUGGAGCCAAUUAGCAAAAUCAUUAAGCUUUGGAGAAUUUUAUCGUACUUGGGAACCUACUCAAAUAGAGGCAGAGUUGCUGCGAAAACAUCCACGGCGAAGGCGUGUUGUAGAAAAUUCUACUAUAGGUCUAAGAGGACUUAUAAACCUUGGCAGCACAUGUUUCAUGAACUGUAUUGUGCAGGCAUUAAUACACACUCCAUUAUUACGAGACUACUUCCUGGCUGACCGUCAUCACUGCCCACAACCCACUCGCUGCCUAGUCUGUGAAGUGUCCCACCUUUUUCAGGAAUUUUAUUCGGGUAGUAAAGCACCUCUAACGCUUCAUAAACUGCUUCACUUAAUCUGGACACAUGCGAGGCAUCUAGCAGGGUACGAACAGCAAGAUGCGCACGAAUUUUUUAUCGCUACUUUAGAUGUCUUGCAUAGACACUGCGAGGCUGCACCAAUUUUGGUGAAAGAUAACCCCCAUCACUGUAACUGCAUUAUCGAUCAAAUAUUUACUGGUGGACUUCAGAGUGAUGUUGUUUGUCAGGCUUGCAAUGGAGUUUCGACUACAAUAGAUCCUUUCUGGGACAUAUCCUUAGAUUUAGGUCCCGCGGCUGGUGCAUCAGGAUCGGAUAAUUCUGGACCUCCUACCUCGUUAUUAGAUUGUUUAGAGAGAUUUACGCGAGCAGAACAUUUAGGCUCUAGUGCAAAAAUAAAAUGCAGCAAUUGUCAAACUUAUCAAGAAAGUACGAAACAAUUAACAAUGAAGCAAUUACCAAUCGUAGCUAGUUUUCAUCUGAAACGAUUUGAGCACUCCAGCAUUCAAGAUAAAAAGAUCUCUACGUUUAUUUCAUUUCCGGAACAAUUAGACAUGACUCCUUUCAUGUCACACAGGCGUAAUGGUAAUAACAAUAGCUCUAUGAUCGAUGGCUUGCCAAAAAAUGGUGAAGAUAUGACGUUCAGUGAUAAUCGAUACUCACUGUUUGCUGUAAUUAAUCAUGAAGGUUCUCUGGAGACAGGUCAUUAUACAGCAUUCAUUAGACAACAAAGGGAUCAAUGGUUUAAGUGCGAUGACCAUUUAAUAACAAGAGCAAAAUUAAAAGAUGUGUUAACUAGUGAAGGAUAUUUGCUUUUUUAUCAUAAACAAAUUUUGGAAUAUGGACGAAAUAGUAAGGUGUAAAUGUUUAAUUGUAUAAUUAAUUUAUUUAUCACAAUUAAUGAUGGGCGAUAGACUUAAGUUCUUAAACGUAUAUUGAAUUUCUUAUUGUAUUAACAGACACGCAUUAAUAUGAUGAAGUUUACAUAUUGAUUGAUGUUAAAAAUCAAGGUGCAUACAAAAUUCUAUACAUAUUUAACUUAAUUAUGUAUAAGACAUAAUGCCGUUUAAAAUUGGAAAUAAUUUUAAUAACGUAAUUAUUGAUUUAUAUGUUAGCAUGACAAAUUAAUACAGAAAUUGAAAAAUCAAAUGAAAAAUGAUAAUUACAAUGAAACUAUUAUAUAAACUACAGGACAUUGAUUUAUUAGUAUAGAUCUAUUAUUUGAUGUCAUAUACGAAGCAAGCGUGUUUAUACAAUUUAUUUAGUGUCAGUAUAUGAUUUGCGUUUGGUGAACUAAGCUGAGAGUGCCUCUGGCGAUCACUUCCCUCGUUUGUGUCCUAAAUAAUAAUGUAAGGAUAGUUUUAAGAUUAGCUCAAUUUUUUUAAAUGACAGAUCACAAUUUUUGUAUGUCGCUGACUGUUGUUAUAUUUCUGAACUGACACAUCUAUACAUGAAAUGCCAAGGGUAGGUGACAACGUACUUCGUUAGUGUACUAUCAUAUUAAGAACUCAAUCUAUUUUAAUUGAUUUCAAACAUUUUUUUUAGCCAUUCAAUUAAAUACAUUUUCCAAUUGUAAGAUCAAAGAUUUUUUUAUUCGAGGUACGUUUGGAUCAGCGAUUCUUGGGAUGAAACAAUUUUGUACAAACGAAAUAACGUAUUACGAGGAGAAUAAUUAAAAAGCGAAUCUUUUUCGCUCAAUUGUAUAUAAUAAAAAUAAUUGUUUAUCAAAUUUUUUGUGGUUGCCCGUUGUACCUAUAUAAAUAUUUUUUUUAUGUUGUGAUCUAAUCAAAUUAUAAUAUGCGUUUUGUUGUCAUUCAUCACAUGUAGGAAUAUGUUUUCUAAAGAAAACAAUGUGAGAAAAAGGUACUAUUUUAAUUCACGAAUAAUAGUUUCAAAAAGGGAAGAAAAGGAUUCUUUUUCUUUUUUUUUUUUUUUUGGAAAGAAAGAAAAGAUCCUAACCGAAGUGCCAAACGUUAGUUGCACUUUUAGUUCCCAUUUGUAUUUUAACGUUUAAAACUAGCAAUUUAUGUUAUUAUACUUUACUCAAAACGGGUUUCCGUAUUGUGUUCAUUGACAGGGAUAUUACGUAGUACAUUGUCUAUUAAAUACAAUUUUCUAUACUCUGUGAAUGAGAAAAUUGAUAUCAAGGAUAAUAUGUAUUAUUAAUUAUAAACGCGAUAUAUGUAAAUAUGUAAUGAUCAAUUUAAAAAGCUUUAAAUGCAGAAUGAUAUGUAAUUAAUUAUAACGUAUGAUUCUCUGUCAACAAUUGUAAACCGAAGUGUUACUACAUAAGUUUAAUUUUAUUCCAAAGUGCAUGUAGAUAAAGUAAAUGAGAUUAAAUAUCUCGAUUGAUGAUAUUAAUGAUAAAAUACAAAGAAAAUAAUAGUUGCAAGAGCUAGUGUCAUUUGACAUUACCGAUUAACCACAAGCAUUGCCACAACUGCACAAUAUAUCUACACGUGUAACAUUAGGAAUAUGACCAAUGCUUCAUGUUUUGAGAAUUAACAUCAUACACCGCUGUUGUAACACUUCAUAUAAGGCUGAAUAAUGGUAUGAUACAGAAAUAAAAAUUAUAUUUCAUCGAAAA